AUUUCCAAAAUGUUAAAAUAUUUAAAAAACAUUAUUGUUUAGAUUUGAUUUUAUAUAAUGUUGACAUCAUUUUUGAUUGGCGUUUCAUUAGCCAUCAUAUCCUGUUUAUUUAUUGGUGUUAGUUUUAUAUUGAAAAAAGUUGGUCUAAUUCGUUUAUCAAAUCGUGGUUUACGUGCCGGUCGUGGUGGUUUUGGCUAUCUAACCGAUUGGGUAUGGUGGAUGGGUCUUAUAUUCAUGGGCAUUGGUGAAUUGGCAAAUUUUACAGCAUAUGCAUUUGCACCUGCAUCAUUAGUAACACCUUUAGGUGCUUUAAGCGUAUUGGUCAGUUCAUUAUUGGCUCAUAAAUAUCUAAAAGAAAAUCUAAACAUUUUUUCCAAAAUUGGUUGUUCAUUAGCCAUAAUCGGUUCGACUGUGAUUGUAUUACAUGCACCAAAAGAAGGUAAAAUUGAUUCAUUGGAUGAUAUUUCAUUGAUGCUUGUACGGGCAUCAUUUCUACUAUAUUUAAGUUUUGUGAUUAUAUCAUCAAUUUUAUUGGUUGUUUUAUAUGCACCACGUUAUGGUAAUUCCAAUGUUUUGGUAUACAUUCUUAUUUGUUCAUUAAUUGGUUCAUUGUCUGUGAUUUCUUGUAAAGGAUUUGGUAUCGGUAUACGACAAACCAUAAAUGGACAAAAUCAAUUAAUCAAUCCAUUAUUUUGGAUAUUAUUAAUAUCAUUGAUAACAACUGUUUCAAUACAAAUGAAUUAUCUGAACAAAGCUUUGGAUAUAUUUGAUACAUCAAUUGUUACACCUGUUUAUUAUGUAUUGUUUACAUCAUUUGUAUUGAUUGCAUCGGCCAUUAUGUUUCGUGAAUGGACAUCGAUGACAAUUGAAAAUAUUGUUGGAAAUUUAUGUGGAUUUGCUACAACAAUAAUUGGUGUUUUUUUGCUGAAUGCAUUCAAAGAAUUAAAUAUCAAUAUGAAUAAUUUAAAAAAUCAGUUAUUGAAUACUAAUCGAUUGAAUAAUACAAAUUCCGCUUUACAUAUGUCCGAAAUAGUUGUUAAUGAUCCAUUAUUACCUGAUAUUCGACGAUCCGUACAACCUGGUCUUAUUACAUGGACAAUGGAUGAUGAUGAAUGUUAAUGAAUGAUUACAUCAUUCCCACUCACUCUUUUUCAAUUGUAAAUUAUUUGUUUAGUCAUUUUACAUUUUGUUUUUAUUUAAA